AUGUGUGAAGCGUGCCAUGAAUGGAACCAGGCGCACUUCCACAAAGGUAGGAUCCUAGCAAGAUGUGUCCAAAAUGGUUGCGCAAUGGAUGUGGGGCAACAGAACAAAGAGACGUUGACUUAUUCAGUUUUCCGUGAGAAACUACCUUCUUUUUACCUCUCCUACCCUGCCUUCCAUGCCUUGCCUCUUGCCUCCGUCUCUCUCAAUCCCCUCUCACUGUGGCCAACUCUCCAGGCAACGCAGGCAACACUAUGCCACGUGGAGCUUGGCUCCCAUCACAUUCCCACCUUCAAGAGGCCGAAUGUUUGUGUGCUCAAGCAGGCUUUUAUCAACAACGUGUUGGGAUGGAAAAUGAUGCGCUGCGCACAUCACAACACAUCGGGAAGUGGGGGAUUUACAAACUACAACAUUAUGAGAAUUACAUGUCUUUGCAGCAAACCACCUUCCAAAAAUCUCCCUGAAGGAUGCAUUGAAGAUAUCCUGCAAGUUUUGUAUCUUUCACAGGAAUUCAACAGUGCCCAGGCUCUGAUCAAGGAUGUGGCAUAA